CUUUACUCUCUUUUUUUUUUUUUCCUUCUUCUUUUUUGCUUGACUUAGUCACCGCUGAGAAUAUAUUAUCAUGUCUUACGUCGCUAAGAACUCCUCUGAAAAAGCUGGUCUUGAAGAACAAGUCCAACCCAAGAUCCAUCGUAUUCGCAUUACUUUGACUUCUCGUAAUGUGAAGAACUUGGAAAAGGUGUCGGCUGAUCUCAUCCAGCGUGCCAAGGACAAGCAACUCAAGGUGAAGGGUCCUGUUCGUCUUCCUACUAAGGUGUUACGUAUUACCACUCGCAAGUCUCCCUGUGGUAACGGUUCUGAAACUUUUGAUCGUUUUGAAAUGCGUAUUCACAAGCGUUUGAUUGAUUUGCACUCUCCUUCUGAAAUUGUCAAGCAAAUCACCUCCAUUUCCAUUGAACCUGGUGUUGAAGUUGAAGUCACCAUUGCUUAAACAGUUUUAUUUUGGAACUCUUUAGUGUAGUCUAGUCAUAUCUUUUUGUCCCCUAUUGAUUUGAAUAGAAACAAAGGAACGAUACUGGACCUUUCAAUAAAAAAAAUCUUUUUUUUUUGUUUGAACACA